CCAGGACCGGCCCGCGCCCCGCAGGCCUCCCGCCGCCCGCGCCGCCAUGGGGGUGGAGGGCUGCACCAAGUGCAUCAAGUACCUGCUCUUCGUCUUCAAUUUCGUCUUCUGGCUGGCCGGAGGCGUGAUCCUGGGUGUGGCCCUGUGGCUGCGCCAUGACCCUCAGACCACCAGUUUGCUCUACCUGGAACUGGGAGACAAGCCUGCACCCAGCACCUUCUAUGUGGGCAUCUACAUCCUCAUUGCUGUGGGGGCCGUGAUGAUGUUCGUCGGCUUCCUGGGCUGCUACGGGGCCAUUCAGGAAUCCCAGUGUCUGCUUGGGACGUUUUUUACCUGCCUAGUGAUCCUCUUUGCCUGUGAGGUGGCUGCCGGCAUCUGGGGCUUCGUCCACAAGGACCAGAUUGCUAAGGAUGUGAAGCAGUUCUAUGACCAGGCCCUGCAGCAGGCUGUGGUGGAUGACGAUGCCAGCAACGCCAAGGCCGUGGUGAAGACUUUCCAUGAGACGCUCAAUUGCUGCGGCUCCAACACCUUGUCCGCACUGUCCACCUCAGUGCUGAGAAACAACCUUUGUCCAUCGGGGAGCAACAUCUUCACCAAUCUCUUCAAGGAGGACUGCCACCAGAAGAUUGAUGAACUCUUCUCGGGAAAGCUGUACCUCAUCGGCAUUGCCGCCAUCGUCGUUGCUGUCAUAAUGAUCUUCGAGAUGAUCCUGAGCAUGGUGCUGUGCUGUGGCAUCCGGAACAGCUCUGUGUACUGAGCCCCUGCAGUGCCCCAGAGUGACCCGGAGGUGCUGCAGGGCUGUCACCACCUGUGUAUAUAACGUUUCCGGUAUUACUCUGCUACACUUAGCCUUUUUACUUUUGAGGUUUUUUUGUUCUGAACUUUCCUGUUACCUUUUUGGGGCUGACGUCACCUGUAGGUGGCGUGGGUGGGGGUGGAGCAAACUUGGGCCUUGGGGACCCUGUGCUGAAGGGGCCCCUUAGUGAGCUCUGCCUGCUAAGCCAGCGCCCUCCCAGGGACACCUGUCCUGAGGCUCAGCAUGGCUGGGCUGGGGGGCUGUUGCCCCCCUUCCUUGUCCCAUGGGCUGCACCUUUUUAAUCCUUGUUCCUUCCCUGCCCCCAUUUUGAGAGCCGGGUCCGAGCACUCUUUAUGCCUUCAAUGCACCUGUCCUUUCUAACACGUCACCUUCAAUUGUAAUUACAACAUCUUGAAAAUCAUUUAAUAAAGAAGGAAAAUCAGGCAUGCUAA